UCAUUUUGCCCACAUAUGUUUUUUUUUUUUUUUCCACAGGUAGAAGAAUUCAGAGAUGCUACACUAGAGUACCCAUUGCUUUCAGUUGUUCGCAUCCCUAAAGUUCUUGCAGAUAUAGUUGAAUCUUUAAUUGGUGCCAUUUAUAUUGGUUCCAAUUUCUCCAUGGAUACAACUUGGCAGGCGGUAAAAGAUUUGUUGCAGCCUCUAAUUACUCCAGCAACACUUGAGAUUCACCCCGUUACGAAAUUUAACGAGCUACAUCAGAAGAAUCGAUUGAGGGUAAAAUAUGAUGAUUUAUGGGAGAAAACCGGAGAAAUUGAAUUUCUUGUUGAUGGAAAAUUUGUUGGGAAGGGAAAAUUUAGUGGAAAGAAAGAAAUUGCACUAAAUAGGGCUGCAUACAAUGCAUAUUACCAAGUUGUUAGAAAUUUGAGUGUGGAAGUCACUAUUAAAUGAUCACCCUUGUGAUGAAACGCAAAGCUGAAAUCACCAUCAGCAAAUCCCUAAUUUCCAAUGGAAUUGUUGUAAUUUGGUAAGUCGGAACGUUUUUGACGAAUUUUUUCUCGAAAAUUUCUUACCUACAAGUCAAAUUCCGAUGAAACGUUAUUCAGAAUUAGCGAUUUUCUGAUAGUGAAUUAAUACUUCAUAUAUUAUUAGUU